AUGUCAGGAUUGUUAGAAUUACCAUUUCACUUCAUCAGAGUACCAAAGAUGAGAUUGAAGACACCAAAUGUAGAGGCACCAUCGCCAAUGGUUGUCUUCACAUUCAUCUUUUUCACAUAUUUCUUGGUGAGCUCUGGUAUCAUCUACGAUUUAAUUGUUGAGCCACCCUCAAUCGGAUACGUUCAAGAUGAAAAGGGUAACAGCAAACCACAGGUAUUCCAGAUGUACCGUAUCAACGGUCAAUAUAUCAUCGAAGGUCUCUCUGCAGGUACCAUUUUCGCACUCGGUGCACUUGGAUUCAUCAUUUUGGAUAUGAACAAGAAGAAGAACAACAACUACCUUUUCAUCUUGGGUCUUGUUUUAGUCGUAGCCACCUACAAUAUCGCAAUCGUUUUCCUUCGUAUGAAGAUCCCAGGUUAUGGUUAUUUCUAG